UAAAUUGGGCCGCAUCCGUCGCCUCCGACUUUUAUCAUGCCUCCUCGUCUUCCACUUCUUGUACCCUCACUCCGAACGCCUGUCACCGUUUCUCUGCGCGUGAAGGUCUCCGGAGCGCAAUUUAGUACUGCCGCCGACGAUGCAGUGAUUCAAACACAGCACGUCCCUGCUCCCGGAUCUGGGAGUAUCAGAGUUCUUUUACUGAAUCGACCAAAUGCUCGCAAUGCCUUAUCCAGGAACCUGCUGGGGACAUUGUCGCAGCACAUCCGGUCGAUCGCGGCCGAAGGAGGCCAUGGACCGACCAGGGCCCUGGUCAUUGGUAGCAACGCGGACUCUGCCUUCUGUGCGGGCGCAGAUUUGAAGGAAAGAUUAGAUAUGACCAAGGAGGAAACCGCCCAAUUCUUGUCCCAGCUAAGAGGUACCUUCAGCCAACUUGCCUCACUGCCCAUCCCUACGAUCUCUGCCGUCUCAUCUAUAGCCCUUGGAGGCGGGCUCGAGCUUGCCCUGUGCACGCAUCUACGAGUCUUUGGCUCAAAUAGUGUUGUCGCCCUCCCGGAGACCAGACUCGCGAUUAUCCCUGGAGCAGGUGGCACCUACCGUCUUCCGGCGGUGAUCGGCGUAAACCGCGCCCGUGACCUCAUCCUCACUGGACGACGUGUAUCGGGACCUGAAUCCUAUUUUAUGGGGCUUUGCGAUAGACUGGUCGAGAUACUCCCGGAGGAAGAGAAGAAGGAGGGGGCUGCGCGUGAGAAGGUAUUGCGGGAGAGUAUCAAGCUUGCUCUGGAUAUCUGUGAGGGUGGACCUAUUGCCAUCAAGCAGGCGCUGAAGGCAGUCAAUGAGUUCCAGAGAGGCGAAGGGGCGGAAAACGAGGCGUAUGACGGAGUGAUUGAGACGGAAGACAGGUUUGAGGCUCUUCGGGCAUUUUCAGAGAAGCGGAAGCCUGCUUUCCGGGGGCGAUGAGAAGUCCCGCUUUCUACUAUUUGUGCGGAGUGGCGAUCCGAAGGGCAUCUGUGGAAAUCGGUGACUCAGUAUAAUAUCAAAUAUUGAGUCAUUUGCCAUUUAGGAUUUCGUUAAGGAUGACCAAAAUGUUCAGUGAUUAUUUGGAGACUUUCUCACGACCUUGCCCUUCAGUUUGUUACCUUCCUAGGCAGAAAAAGGUAUUCAAUGGUAGGUCCAAGUAGGUGCUGUAUAGAUCGUAAUCGUGGCCACUAUUUACGACCGAGCCAGACAAUAACAGGC